AUGGCUUCCAAUUCCAACAUUGUUUACCGUUACCAGCUACAUGAAGUUCAUGAUAAGGAAACAUUAUUGAAUGAUUCUGACCAUUUCAUUUCACCAUAUGCUUUCUACAAAUUUCGCCAUGCCAUUCUUGACGUCAACAACAACUCCGACACAUCAAUUGAUCAUCUUAUUUCCUCUUCCGUACAAAACAUCUUCUACAAGAAUAUUGAACCCCCCAUCAUACUUGGUCGCGAGAAAGAAUUUGAAUCAGAAAACUCUUUCUUGCUUUCUAAAGUUGAACCGCCAGAGGACCUAAAACGCGAGCUGCAACUUGACAUUAUUGACUUUGUCCAGGUAGAUGCUAAUAGGCAAAACCGCCGAAUUAUUCAAACCCGUGUGAUUUUGAAUGUUCGAAAAAGGCAGGAAAAAAGAGAUGGACGUGAAGGGACUGAGAAACGUGAUUGUGUGAUUUGUAUAGAUCCAUUGAAGGAAGAGGAUGGCAAUGUUAAUUAUAAACUCCUCCCCUGUGGGCAUUAUUUUCACAAAGAAUGCUAUUAUAAGUGGUGGUGGAAGAGUCGUUUUUGUCCAAUGUGCCGCUCCAGGAUACCUGUUAAUUUAUUUGUAUAA